UUUAUACUCCACACCUCAUCAAAGGAAAAAACGGCCGACGAUCAUGGAGAGUGGUGCGUCCGUGGAGACAGAUUUUGCCGCAGCGGUACUGUUCCUGCAGACGUACAAUGGUCCUCAUCGUAUCCUGCGAAACCCGACAUCAUCCGUGCGACUUGACUUCGACGCACUUUUCCAGCAAGCCACACUAGGACCUUGCAGCUUAGUGGCACCACCUCUGGACGGGACAUCGUCAACUGACCUCGCGUCGUGGAGCAAGUGGAAGGCAUUGGGCAAUCUGUCCAAGGAACAAGCAAAGCAAAAGUACAUAAAAACCAUGGACGACCUGGUCGACAACUGGAGGCGAAGCUCAUCGUUUCGACUUCCCAAUGCCAAGGAUGGACCAACGACAACAUCGUCGCAAUCUCUCAUCGAACGUCUCCCGUCGUUGGCCCAGGAAGUUGACGAACUGAAAGCCAAGCUACAUUUCGACAGUCAACGCCAUGAAGAACUAUCUGAGGCACUGCACACGCUCUCUUACGACACGAAAACCACAUUCACGAGGGAGAUGCGCCAAGUGGAUGUUCUCCGCACUGAACUACGAGACACGAUCAAGCGCAUCGACAAGCAACUGGAGGCCCAGCAGAAGUCACAACGUUGGCCGCACAGCAUGCGGCACUGACGCAUCGCAUCGAGACGUCGGCAGUAUUUAGAGCUCUACGAUUUGGUCGGUUUGUGUGGCAGCGCCUGGUCCAGUGGAGUGCAUAUCGGGUCACCCACAUAGGCGGCGCGUUCGUCAUCAUGCUGUUGGUGUGGCGACAUGUCUUUGAGCGCAAGCUACCGCGGGCAGUAGCAGACGCCCUCAUCGCAGCCAUCUCGCAUUUGGCGCGACGACCCAAAGCCGCGGGUCUCCAGUCCACAUAGCCCCUCGUACACUCACAUAUUUCACAAAAUGCACAUCUCGUAUUAGCGACGGGUGGCUGUCGUGUGUUGGAC